CGAUACACAUACCGGCUGCCAGUUUCAGUUUUGUUUCGAGUCUGCGCGGUGGAAGUUGUGCCUGUACUUGCACAGUUCGUUAUUGAAGUGUGCUCGUAAGUGCUUAGAGAAGUCGACGUCAGAUUCCGGCUUUUUAAUUGCAAUUGGAAGGCACGUGUGUGACUGUAUCCCCCGUUGCAUGCCGACCAACAACAGCUGAGCGAUGAGCCCGAGCUCGCGACCGCGCCCCCUUCUGCGCCCCCGCCUGCGCCCGCGGCAGUGCCUCUUCUGGCUGUGGCUGUUGACACUGGCGUUGUUGGUGUUGGCGGUCAGUGGCAGUCGGGAGUCCCAGCUGCGCAUUGGCAAAGCAAUCAACAUAUUUUUGCGAUAUGGCUAUCUGGGCAUAUCGAUGCGCGUGAUACCCUACAACGAUAGUGCCGAAAGCGAGCGUUGGAUAUUCAAAGAGCCAACCAGAAACAUCUACAAGAACAUGAGUGCUCUGGCUCAGAGUCAUGAGGAUAAUACCCCCGGCAUUUUCCACGGCGAUUUUCACAUGGAAUUCUGCGAGAAUCGUCGCCAACUGUUUCAGGCAUAUUUCCGUGAUUUUACCAUAGAUCGCUUGGAUAAGCCGUGGGAGGCUUUCACAGGUGGUUGGUUUUCGGAUAAUGCAGCCAAGAAACUUGGCAUAAACACCUCCUUCAUACAGGGAGAUUAUUCAUAUGUGCUGGUGCGUGUUGUGCGCUUUCGGGAGACGGGAAAACUCAAUUCCGAGAUCCCGAUAAAUCAGCCGCUGGAGCCGGAAGUCCGUGAACGACUGCAACAAUUUCAAGUUGGAAAUCUAACCUCGGCUGUACGGUUUAUGGAGUCGUUUGGCACACACUAUGUGAACUCGUACACUACUGGGAAUUCGCUUUACCAGGUGUUUGUAUACAGUCGCAAGAACUACAAGAUGAUCAAAGAUCGCGUAAAGAGUAAGGGACUUAAUGCUCUUUCCAAGCUUGAUUUGUACAACUAUUUUGCGCCUUGGUUUGCCGAGCAUUUGGGCCAAAUUCGUUCGGCCAGCGGCAAUGCAACCGUGGAACGUUGGGCGCGUCGCAAGCUGCAAUAUGAGUACUAUGUGGUCAAGUAUGUGACCCUGCUGAAGCUACAUGGCAACAGCACGCUUCUCAGGUCAUUGGACAGCCUGCUGGGCAACGAUGCCAUCCUGCAGCUGGAUCUGAAGGCAAUGAACGUUGCCUUCAGGGGGUACCCGGAGAAGGAGAGAUGGUUCCACGAAGUGCUUGAUAACAACAUGAAACUGUGGGAGCUCAACAUGCCACUCAAUCAUCCAAGUCGAUAGGCCACAUUGGAGUAACGUUAGCGUACCCGAAAGUUCCUAAAUGCAAGUUAUGGAAAGAAAAAAAUGCUGCUAUCAUAUCAUGUAUCCAUAUAUAGCAUAUGUACUUGUAGUUAAGUCUCUAGCGCGUAAUUACUGUUCUGCCUGUGAUAGUUUUUAGAUAGUUUAAUUAAACGAAUGAACGUACUUUGAUUAUUAAACGUAGUGUACAUAUUUGUAAUUCUUACCGACUUCAUGCAUUAAACAUUUUUAAACAGAA